GAAGAAGAAGAAGUGGAGGCAGACCUGCCCGCCAAUUUUAAGGGAUGUAAACAGUCCCGACAGAGCUUUUCCGUCUGACUCUGCUAUGAAGAAAGUUAGUUUUACCACAUAACGGCGAUUUUUCUGUGUCAACAAUGAACUCCAGUGGAAAAGGAUCUGGUGAUUCAUCCCAACUCGCUGCCAGCAGUGACAGCGACUCCAUCAAAGUGUUUGUCCGAGUGCGACCUCUGACCCAGGGUACUGGACUGACCACAGAUGGAGAUCAGGGUCUGUGUCUCACUGUCACCUCGCCCAACACCAUCCGACUGCUUUCAAAACCAGAACCAAGAACCUUCACCUACGAUCAUGUCGCCGACAUGGAUACGUCUCAGGACUCUGUAUUCGCCAGUGUGGCCAAGAAUAUUGUUGAGUCUUGCAUUAAUGGAUAUAAUGGUACUAUAUUUGCCUAUGGACAAACCGGCUCAGGGAAAACGUUCACCAUGCUCGGACCAUCUGAGUUGGACAACUUCACAGAUGAACUAAGGGGGGUCAUUCCUCGAAGUUUUGAGUACCUGUUUUUUCUCAUCAACAGAGAAGUGGAAAGGUCUGGGCAGUCCAAGAGUUUCCUUUGCAAAUGCUCAUUUAUUGAGAUAUACAAUGAGCAAAUUUAUGACCUUUUGGACACAGCAUCAGCCAGCCUUUUCCUCAGGGAGAACAUCAAGAAGGGUUUGUUUGUUGAGGGAGCUGUGGAAAAGUUUGUCAACUCAGCUGCCGAAGCCUACCAGGUGCUGUCUAUGGGCUGGCGAAAUCGACGAGUGGCCUCAACCUCUAUGAACCGUGAGUCUUCCAGGUCCCAUGCUGUGUUCACCAUGACUUUAGAGUCCAAAGAGUCCGUCAAUGAAGUGGUGAACAUCCGAAUGUCACAGUUGAACCUGGUAGAUCUGGCAGGGUCCGAGAGGCAAAAAGACACACAUACAGAGGGGUCCAGACUCAAGGAGGCCAGCAGUAUCAAUCGCUCUCUCAUGUGCCUUGGUCAGGUGAUCAUGGCACUGGUUGAUGUGUCCAAUGGGAAGAAUCGCCACAUCUGCUACAGGGAUUCUAAACUCACCUUCUUGCUGAGAGACUCUCUUGGAGGAAAUGCAAAGACUUACAUCAUAGCCAAUGUACACCCCGGUUCAAAGUGUUUUGGAGAAACGCUGUCCACCUUGCAGUUUGCUCAGAGAGCAAAGUUGAUCAAGAAUAAGGCUAUUAUCAAUGAAGACACACAAGGAAAUGUGAGGCAGUUACAAGCUGAGGUGAAGAAGCUGAAGGAGCAGCUCGCACUGGCACUGUCUUCUCAGCCACUGGACUAUGGGAGAGAUGUAGUGCAAGGAGGACCUGAACUCCCCAUGGGUCCAUCCAAAGAAAUUCAACAUAACGCUGCAUAUAAAGCAAAGUUUUUGGCUGCUGUGCGUCUUUGGAGGAAGCGAGAAGAGGAGAAGAAGGUGCUGCUUCAGAAGGUGGCUCAGCUUGAGGAGGCCUGGGCCCAGAAAGACAAGUUCAUCCAUUCCAGCCGAAUGAUUGUCAGGUUUCGAGAGGACCAUAUUUCUCGCCUUGAGAAAAAAUUGAAGGAAGGACAAGGUUUCCUGUCUGACAUUGAGUCUCAGGCUCUGAUUGACCAGCUGAAAGAAGAGAUUAAGAUCUUGAGAGAUCAGGUUGAACAUCAUCCAAAGAUGACUCGAUAUGCAGCAGAGAAUUUCAGCCUCAGACAGGAGAACCGUCAACUCCGUUCUCUUGAAACGGUGGUAAAAGCCGAAGAGGCUGCAGCCACAGUUGGUGCUGAGCUGGAGGAGAUCUUCCAGAGAGUUAUGGAGACAGAAAGACUCACAGAGACAGCCUCUUCAACCCCUGUGGCUGGAGAUAGUGUCUCGGCAGCGACAAGUGAGAGGCUGAAGGCUCAGCUGCUUCAGAAACAAUCUGACCUCGCAGCUGCCCUUCAGGCCUUUGAGGAGUACAAAGAAGUCACCAAGAAACAGAUGUCUCAGCUGGAGUCUGAGAAAAGAUACCUUGACAAGUCCAACAAGCAUUUGGAAAACAUUCUGGAAGCUACGAAUGCUUAUAAAAAACAAGAGGUCUCUGAGCUGAACAGAAUUCACGUUGAAACUAUAAAGAUUCUCACCACGCCCACCAAAGCAUACAACUUGCGGUCCCGUCUCGUGCCUCUCUCUAGUCCGGACCACCUGAACGGGACAGACGAGAACGUAGAAGACAUUUGGGCCGAGCAGCCUCCUUCAGACAUGACUGAGAUGGCCUUGACUGAGGAACUACGUCAAUUGCAGGAGCAAACUAGUCGUGUCCAAACACAGCUGAAUGAGGAGGAGCUAAAGAACAGCAAGCUGUUGCAGCAAAUUGCAAAACUUGAAGAACAGAUCACUGUGAUAUCACAAGAGUCUGUCCACAAGGAUGAGCUACUCUCUACUGAGCGAGCUAACAAGAACAGAGAUCAGCUCAACCUGCAAGAAACUGUCAGCGAGCUGCAACAGAGCCUUCAGUCUGAGCAGAAAGCCGCAGAAGUGCUGAGGAGUGAGAUCCAUGAUUUACGCCUGGUCCUACAGUCGUCCGAUAAGGAACUGGCCUCUGUGAAGAACGAGCUAAGAGACAACCAGAGCGAGCAACAGAGAGAGACGAGCGAGCUCUCCAACAGUCUGAUCAGCACACAGCUCCAACUUGACAAAGUCCAGUUGGAGUGGGAGCAGCUACUGGAGCAGCAUCGGACUCUGCAGGAUGCAUUUGACCAGCUGCAAGCGGAGGCCAAGUUUGAGGCUGAUCAGGCAGGACAACAGCUGCAGGACAGACAGCAGGAGGCUGACAAACUGAAAACACAGCUCACGGAAAUGAAUAAUUCUCUACAGGCUGAGCAGGAGCGCUCGAGCACCCUGAUCUCCCAGCUAAGAGAAAACAGAGAAAGUACAUCAAAAGAACUUAUUGAAACUGUGGAGCAGAAUACACAACUUAAGAAACAAGUCUCAGAACUGACAGUACAAAACCAACAUCAGGCACAUAGAAUUGUGGAUCUUGAGCAAAGUCUCAACGCUGCCAAUGAAACGAUGAAAGGCUUGGAGCAGAAGAUUGAACAGGACAAGGAUGUUGUUUUAGACCUGAUUAACCAAACCAGAGACCUCCGCUGUGAGCUGAGCCAGAAGGACCAGACCAUUGCCCACCUGUCUGAAGAAAUCAAAGACAUCACAGCCAAGUACAAUGCUGCCUGCCUUGAAAGGGAGAAUAUCAGAGAACAGAGCCUCAAGAUGCAGACCGAUAUCUGUGACCUGAAAGAAACCUUAGACCGGCGUGUAGCAUCCAACCAAAUAGAGGUCGAGGUGUUACAGGAGGAAGUUGCUUAUGCCACUGAGGAGGUUGAGAGACUCACUAAGGUCUUGGAUGAGCAGAACAGCCUCCUUCAAGCAUCUCAAGAGCAAACAGCACAGAAGAACAUCAUGAUACAGAAUCUGCAGCAGAAGUUGCAUCAACAGCAAGAAGCAGUUGAAAGAACGAUCAGGAAUGGAAGUUUUAAGCCCCUCGUUGACCUGACAGUCACUCCUAAAUCGUUACCUCGGACACCUCGCACCCCAAGCAGCUUCAACAGGGACCUGACCCAGGUACUAGAGAGCCAGGAGAGGGAGCUGGAGAAUCGACGCUCCUCCAUGAUGUCCAUGGAGAUUCUUUUAACUGAGCUGAAUGCCGAGAGGGCUGCCAAGAACGAGGAAAUCCAAAGGCUUAAGACGCAGCUGACUGAGAAAGAGAUGGUCCGAUUGGAGAUCCAGAAUUUACUUGACCAGUUUUACACCAAGCAGAACCAGAAUGGAAAUGAUAAAAGUGGGGAGUUGAACGAUGCCAUCAAGCAGUCCAUACUUAAAGAGCUACAGGAGGAGAGAGAAGAGAAGAGCACAAUAAUGCAGAAGUUGUCUGCCACUCAAAAAAGACUGCAGGCGCAGGAGUCGAUGUUGGGCCAGUCUCAAACCUGCGUUCAGGAGCUGACGACUGAGCUGAGGAACCGCUGUCUAGAGUUAAGAGAGCUGAACCACAGGAUGCAGGAUGAGGAGAAACUACUGCAGGAGAACGAAGUUCUCCGUAAGCAGAACGUUAAGUUGUCGGAGGAGAAUGGAAAACUUGUUGGACAUAAGAACCACAAACAGAGGAUUGAAUAUCUGGUGAAGCUGAAAAAGGAAAACACCCAACUUCAAGAGGAAAAUGAAAAGCUCAGAACGGAGAUGGGUUUAAUGCGAGACCACAUUGGAUGUCCGCCACUGGAGAUGGAGUAAAUCCCUGAUUUUUAAGUUGUUUCAAUGAUGAACUUUCAUCCUUGCCAGUGUAGAGGUUUUUAUUUUUUUACGGUCUUAAUUUGGUUAACUACAAAAGCCAUUGUGAUCCAUGGUUAUUGUUUAUUUUUCAGUCAGGGAAUGUGUGGUAAUCAUUUUGCUUGUGACGUGUUACAACAUUUUUGCCUGGAGCCAUACUGUACAUUGAUCUGCUCGUACAUACAGAGACCAGCUGUGAUACAACAUUCAUUUAGUUCAGCUCCAUUUCUUCUUAAAGGUUUCUUUACAUGUUCGUCAGUACACCGAGUCACAUUGUUUUCAGACUACAAUGGAAAAUACAACAGUGCUGAAUAACUUCAUAAUGUGAAAACUGAACAUUUUUGUGUUCGUAACUGUUAGGUGCUUAUGUCCGGUCCUGUGAUUGUUGACUGACCAUCUUAGGUGUACCCAUGG